AUGCCGCACAUCGAUCUAGACGAAGAUGAUGGGACUGACAUCCCACCAGAGUUGUUAGCCAAUCCCAACAUAGACUGGAUGACAACCUCGAAUCAAAGUCAUGGCUUUGAUGGUGUAUUUGAAGAUGCCUUUGCUCCAAGAGAGCCACAUAUCGAUAUCAGCCAUGGAACGCCUAAGAUGUGGACCAAAUUUGGCGAAACCGAUGACGACCGCAUGAGCGUGAUGGAACAAAACGAUCUAUCAUCUAUGUCACCUGCUCCAAGCGCGCCCAACUAUGACUCGGGUCCUGAGGAACUUUUUGAAGGCAUCAAUAUUGAAAUACUCGAUAAUGUCGAGCCAGAGAUGACAGUAGAAGACGGGUUUGACCUUGCAGUCGAUGAAGAGGGCGCUGCGGCCGAGCCAUUGGAGGCGGCAGAUGGUACAGCAAUCAAGGUUACUACACCGGAACUUCCUCUGAGUAACUCUGUCAAAGUUGAGCUUCCAGAAAGCUUGCUUCUAAUCCCGCGAUCCUGUUACGAGCCUUUUGAGCCAGGAAUGCCAGUCGCGGAAGAGGACAAGGUCGUCCCCCAGCUCUUAGAGGUAGCGCAACUAGGAGGCAAGGGGACCAACAACUUCUUCGAGCUUGAGCUCGACGACUUUGCCGUUUACUGCGAACGCCAAAAAUAUGAGCUGGAGAUGUGCUCACUUCAUCAUCUGGACACAAAGAACGGGCACAGCAACUUCUUCUUUGACGGGAAACUGAGCGUGGGAGACAAGGCCUUCUUUGUUCGUCAUGUGCCCAUACGAGCAAUGCCUAUUGGCAAUUACGGUACUUUGUCCAAACACACAGUACGCGAUCAAAUCUGGGUCCAGUCAGUCAUGAACUCCAACACAAACGUUUAUUACCGAUUGAAUCGUCCUGCCAAAGAGUACCGUCGGUUCUUCGACCCAUUCCUGUGGGUUGCCGAUCUCGCCAAGCAUUUUGUUGACUACCUCAAGGUCAUGGAAGAGAGUAAACAUGACGUUACGAUCUUCCAUUUCCGCUCAAACUUCAGCAAUUGGCUGACGAAAACACAUAGGACAGAGUCUGCCUUUGUCUUUUGGAGAGAUCAACACCCCAGUAAUGACUUCCGGACCUCCAUCGUUGCGAACCUGGCGUUCUUGCACAAGGAGGCUAUUGGUGUGCUGGACAAAAAAGCCUACAAACACAAUUUAUGGGCUGAGGCUUGGGAGUUUCGAAGAUAUGAGCAGUUUUCAAAGACCAGGAAGAACGACAAGGCGCAAAGCAAGCCAUCAAGAUCUAUAAGCCAAACUGAGUCGUCGUUAGAUCAAAUAACUAAUAAGCAUUCGAAGGCCAUCAAAGACGUCCCCCCGACCAUCGUCACCCAGUACAUUCAUGGUUGUUUCAGCCAUCUCCCCUCCGGCAAAUGUCUUGAAGCAGUCCCACUGAGUAAUAAGACGGAAUUGCUACGAAAUGAACUGAUACGAAAGCGACAUCUCGAGCUUCCGGCACCACUCCACCAGAAUGCUAAGAUCAUAUCAAGAGCUGGUCGACAACAAAUUCUAGACAUCCAACCUGGUGGCACCAUAUCAACGCAGAGAGAUGCGGAGGACUCUGGCACGAAAUGGCGACGCGAUGUUUCUCAUGGAUUCGAAGAUGUCGACCGUUGGUUUGCCCUCGUACAGCGCGUACAUAUGAACAAGAAGGGCGUCCGGACUUUUGAUGUCAUAUGGUAUUAUCGACCUGUGGAUACCAUUUGUGCUCUAAUGAAGUACCCAUGGAAUAACGAGUUGUUUCUCUCUGACCACUGUUCUUGUACUGAACCUUCAAAGAUUUCUGAAGAUGAAAUUAUGGGUGUUCAUGAGGUUGAAUUCGGAGGAACAUCGACGACCAAUGCCGAGUUUUUCUGUCGCCAAACGUAUGCCUGUACUGAGCGAACAUGGAUAACUCUUGAAAGAGAUCAUCUGCGCUGCUCGCAUGAGCGGAAAGUCUCACAGGUACCUCGGUAUCGAGUCGGUGAGACUCGACUCGUCAUGCUCGAUAAGGCGAGUGGUCGCUCUGAGCCUUGUGAGUUCGUCACUUUUUAUGAGGAGGAAGGAACUGGUAUAUACAGAUUCAGACGGCUACUGAGAAGGCAUCAAGUUGAUCCACAGGCGGCAGAAGCCCAACCGAAUGAGCUGGUGUAUAGUGAGAACCUUAUCGAGGUGAAGAGUCGGCGCAUUCUUGAGCCUUGUCACAUCCGGUUUUUCAAAGCUGGGGGAAAGAUACCAACGCCUUACGACCGCAAUGGCGUAGGCAAUUUCUUUUACAUUACUCAUGAACAGGUCAUUAGUCCUUCGUCAAUGGCAAAGUCAUAUGUUCCUCUCAAGACAUUCCCUUCUUCCUUGCGACAAGGUCACGAUCCGUCCGAACGUCUGCAAAAGUUGCGCGGGUUGGACCUUUUUUGUGGAGGCGGAAACUUUGGCCGAGGCCUGGAAGAUGGAGGCGGUAUCGAGAUGCGAUGGGCUAAUGAUUACGAUGGGAAGGCCAUGCAUACAUAUAUGGCCAACACUUCAGUCCCUGGUUGUGUGUCUCCGUUUUUGGGCUCGAUUGACGAUUUACAGCGUUUGGCUAUCGAGGGCAACUUCGCAGACAAUGUUCCCCCUAUCGGAGACGUCGACUUUGUUUCAGGGGGUAGUCCUUGUCCGGGUUUCUCUCUCCUGACGAACGACAAAACCACUGUCGCACAGCGAAAGAAUCAAUCUCUUGUUGCAGCCUUCGGCUCCUUCAUCGAUCUAUAUCGUCCACGAUACGGUCUCCUUGAGAACGUCCCUGGCAUCAUUCAUAGUAAAGCCAAGCGAGAUCAAGACGUAUUCAGCCAGCUUGUCUGUGCGAUCGUGGGGCUUGGUUACCAAACACGAUUAUUUUACCUUGAUGCUUGUUCCUGCGGCUCGCCUCAGCGUCGCUCCCGUGUAUUUCUUGCUUUUGCGGCCCCGGGUCACCGUCUUCCUCAGCGACCGCCCAUCACACAUGCACAUCCAGAGGAUACCAAGAGAGCGGCAAUUGGCAGUAUUCCAACUGGAGAACCAAUGGCGGAGCGAAUCAUACCCUUAGCUACACCUUUCGAUUUUGUGUCAGCUCGCGCUGCGACUGCAGACAUUCCCCCAAUAUAUGAUGCUAAACCAGAUAUAUGUGUCCCAUAUCCCGACCACCGUAUCUCUAUUGGCACGACAAGUCGUCUCCGUAAACAGAUCAGUCUCAUCCCCAACCGGCCUUGGGGCAUGAACUUUGCCCAAGCAUGGUUCGGUCUUGACUGCAAGAAGGCUGGCUCUGGUAUCCUUACGCCUGCCGAACGUCUUAUAUUUCCAGAGGACGGCAAGGCAUCGCUAAACCGCGCGGGUGCUUUAUCCCAGGCGUACGGCCGGCAGCGUCCCGACCGUCUUAUUGGAACAAUUGUGACAAGUCAAAGCCCGAGCGAUGCAAAGAAUGGUCGAACGCUGCACUGGUCUGAGAAUCGUGUUUUGACCAUCAUGGAGGCGCGACGAGCACAAGGGUUACGCGACCAUGAGGUUCUACUGGGUCUACCACCAGAUCAAUGGAAGAUCGUUGGGAACAGCGUCGCACGAGAGGUGGCUGUUAGUCUUGGCGCGGUGUUCCGUGAUGCCUGGGCGCAGAGCCUGGCAGAUGAGUGUCAUGUUCAAAACGAUGCUGCCGCCGACACUACCAUGACAAACUCUUCGAGGGUGCCAGCUCGUAUGGGGAUCGAGGUAUCACCAUCUGUGAGCAUCGAAAUGUUUGCUUCUAAGUUGGCAACUACCGACAACGGCAUUGCAUGGUCACACAAAUCACGAAGUCGAUCUCGUAAGAGCCAGGCCCCAUCAACUACAAGCGCCUCUCCUCCGUCGAGUACAAACUCGAAACGUAAUUCUGUUGUUGUUGAGAUUCAUGCAUCAAAGUCGCCUAAAUACAAGAAAGAUGAUACACCCAGUAGAGCGACAUCUGUGGCCUCCGGCCAUGCCAGAUUGAGUCGGUUGAGAUACAGCAACGAAUGA